CGGUAUUUCUGGUCACUCUGUAUGCAACCGCGGUUUCCUGUUGUUUCCGGAAUGGGCAAUUGAAAAGAAUUGCUAAGCAUUUUUGAAAAUUUUGAUACAUAUUUUGGCAAGAAGAUAUAUGACUUUCCAAGGCAACACAAGGUUGACAAAAAGUUUAAGACACAUUAAAAUCCAGGAUGGCCUACUCUUGUAUGUGUGCAGUGAAUGUGCAUCAACCAUAUGGAACUUUCAUAAUUACAGGGAUAUAGUGUUGAUGAAUCAGGAAAAGCUGCUUCUGAAACGCGACCCGCCAGUAGAUACCAGUUAUUGCGAGGGAGACAGUAAUGCAUUUUGCAUCGAACUAGCAAACUCAUUCUCAUCAGCCGAUGGUAACACGCUGAUCAAUAUGGAACCGACGGAAGAAGUUGGGCACCUGCACGAAAUAGAGUAACUGGAUCCAGAAUCCGAUGGAAGUGAUGCAGGAAUCGACCCUUCCGAGUCGAUCUUAUGCGAUGUUGCAAAGGAAUUGUAUACAGAAGACAUUACUAAUCUCGUCGAUCAGAACGACUUGAUGUGUAUCGAUGUACCCGUGCCAAUUAUAUCGCUCAAUGACGAUGAAUCCAAAGCGGCUUUUUCUAAAAAUGAAGCCGAAGGAAAUGGUGAAACUGAUGCUACAGUCCAAGAUGGGCCACAGCAUUGUACAAGAUCUGACCAAUCGGCUGGACGAAAAAAGGCACAAAACAGGAAAGUAGGAGCAAAGAGUCAGCUCGACUGUGAUGUAUGUGGGGAAUCUUUGAAAACAAAAAAAUAUGUUAACGCGCCACAAGAGUCUAAAGCACUCAUCCGCCAAAGAGCAUCCAUGUGAUCAACGUGAAAGAGUCUUUCGCACGAAGAUGCAACUGAGAGAACAUCAACGAUCACACGAGCGAGAACAGUGUCCUAUAUGCAAGAAGACGUUGAUGCGCCGGUAAAGGUUCGCUAAAGGUUCAUAUUACAGUACACCAAGGAGCAUUUCGGUGUGAUAUUUGUGAAGUAACGGUUUGCAACAAAUAUCAGCUCAGGAUGUUCAUAUGCAAACCAAGCACCGUCCGGAAGGGCUCCCAAAUGCAGACGAAUACUCCUGCUCUUAUUGUGAACGAUCGUUCUUCGUGAAGUUGCCAUUAAACGCACACGAAACGAAUCAUAUUAAGAUGCUGUGCAAAAUUUGUCAUAAGCUUGUUACCAAACAUCGCUUCAAGACUCACCUUGCCACGCAUUGGGGCGCCUAUCGGUGUGCAGUUUGUGAGAAAAGAUUUUUUUAUCCGCAUUAUCUACGCACACACAAUGAAUUGAUGCACGCUGCAUCGGAAUAGAACCAAAAGUUUGCCUGCGAAGAAUGCUCACGUCAGUACGAUAAUAAAACACAGCUGCAACAGCACCGGUAUAUGCACAAAUUGAAAACAUGUCCAUUUUGUAAAAAGAAUAUUAAGCGAUGCUGCUAUCAAUAACAUGUUGGAAUGCACAUGCGGUCGUAUAAGUGUAGUCUUUGUGAAAAACGCUUUGCAACCAUGAAAGUUCUGAGGAAGCACACCGAUUUGGUUCAUCCGAUCUUUGAUCCAUCGGCGAACCUGGAGGAGUUUAGGUGCGAAGAAUGUGGUCGGACGGUCUACAAUAAAACGCAAAUUAUGUCUCACCGCUAUCGACACAAGACUGGAAGUGUGUCCGGUAUUUGACCAGGAAGUUCAAAAGGGUAGACUUAAAAAUCACAUAGAAACUCACGGAGCCCCAGUGAUUGCGAAGAGUGUGUUCGAACGUUGUACAAUAAAACAAUGCUUAAGCGUCACUGUAACGGACACACGACGGAAAAGUACCUGUUGUGUGACCAGAAGGUUGAAAAGGAAUAACUUAACAAUCACAUGGAAACUCACAAAGUUUUCCAGCACGGAAAAGUAAUAUUAAAACAUGAUUGGAUUAGCUUUGACAAUAACAUGAAGAAGAUUGGAUUCAACGGUUUACCAACCACGAAAAAUGCCACUAAAAUAGUUUACCUGUAAACAAUUGAACGUUGAGUAAAAGUAAAAGUAAAUUCUCACUUUAAAAAAGUCAAUUA